GACUGCUGCUGCAAAGUGUCGAGCACGGCUGUGGCUCUGGUUUACGGUGGUGGCGGGCGGGCAGUUUGAACGGUGGGAACUGAGGGAGUGAAGGCGGGAGCCUGCAGCUGGUGCGCGUGCUCCACCAAAAUGGCUUCAAAGCAGCAUGACUCGGCUGCACUACUGGAGGAGCAAGUGCGGAAACUGUCAGAAGAACUUGCUCAGUGUCAGGCUGACAAAGAAUUUGUGUGGUCUUUGUGGAAACGUCUGCAGGUGGCUAACCCUGAUCUCUCGCAGGCUAUCAGCUUGGUCCUGGAAAGGGAAAAACAGAAAACUGAAAUGAAGGACAGAAAGGUUUUAGACAUUCUCCAAGUUAAGGAUGACAAGAUUUUAGAACUUGAGCAGCAGCAGGUUAGAUGCCAACAGAAGGAAAUAAACAACUUAAUCCAGCGGAAAAUUGCUGUAGAUGAUGACGCUGUAGCAAUGCAGAAGGAAGUGACUGAUUUAAAAGAAAAACUAAAGAAUAAAGAACAGGAUUAUAAGGACGCUAAGGAACAUGCUCGGAAGAGUGAGGAGAAAACUAGCCUGCUUCUGAAAAAUCUAGAGGAGGAAAAGCAGGGAUUAAGCACACGCUGCUCUGACCUGCUAAAUGACCUGCAGAAGCAAGCAGCCCAGUGGAAGGAAGAGAAGUCUGACAUUGACUCCAAAGUAAAGGUAUUGGAGGAUGACUUGCAAGAAGCCAGGAAUCAAGUGGAAAAGAUGCACAACAAAUGUAAUGACCUGUCAUCUCACCUUGUUGAUCAACAGACAGAACUAACACUAAAGGAUUCUGAAGUCACUAAAUUUAGGAAGGAGUUACUGGACUUGCAGGGCUUGUACAAAGAAAGCAUUGAUCAUGCAGCCCAACAAGCUGAAAUCAUCCAGCAGCUGCAGGCACUCAAUCUGGAAACCCAGAAGAUGCUAAGAAAUCAGGAAGAUGCUCAUGCUUCAGAAACUAAGACUUACCAAAAGAAUUACAGCGACCUGAACAUGCAUUAUGAUACAUUGAAAGCUAGUGAGGCCCAACAUCAACAAAGACACUUCUCCAUGACUGCUCAAUUAUAUCAAAAGGAACAACAAAUAAGCCAACUUCUGGAAAAGCUCCAAGAAGCUUUAGAUUCUAAACAGACUGCAGUGUGUAUGACUACUGCUCAAGGUGUGGACCAGCAAAUACACCAUAAUUCUACCAGUGAUUUACAAUAUCAAGUUACUACUCAGAGGGCAGAGAUACAGUCAUUGAAGGAGAAACUUAAAGUAGCAAGUGGAAAAUUAAUGGACCGUGUUGAUAACGAACUGUUGGAGCUAAACUUUGCUACUGGAGACCAAAGAAGGCAUCGGAAUCAGUCUGUGAAGCGUUCCAGAUCUCUUUCUCCAAAGAACUUUACUCGAGAACCAGAGGAAAUGAUGAAAACAAAUAAAAUACAACAGAAGAUUGAAAACCUUGAGAAACUAUUGAAACUUAAGGACCAAGAGAAUGAGGAAUUGAGAAGGGCUCAUGACAAACGUCUGGAACGUCUACGAGCAUUGCAAAACAACUACAGGUUACUUAAGGGGCAAGUAAAGGAACUGGAAGGGGAACAAAUUAAAAAUUACAACAGCAAAGGCAAACUGCAGCGUGCAGAGCCGUGGCAGCUGCGGCAGGAAGACAGUGAUGGUGUAUGGAACGAACUAGCGUACUUCAAACGGGAACACAAAAAGCUAUUGACUGAAAAUAUGAACAUUAGUGAGGAGCUGGACCAUCUGAGAGUGCAGUCUGCCGUAGAUAAAGCCACUAUUCAGGAAUUGACCAUGUGCCUGCAGCAGGAGCGUGAAGAGCUUCUUUUCAGACUUGAAGAGGCUGGAAUGAAAUGUAGCACACCCAAAACUGCGACAAAAGAAAAGCUGGAACGCUCAUUAAAGAAGAUUAGCCAUUUGGAAAGGAAGCUCAAAACUAUUCAGAGAGAAGCCAAAGAUUUGAGAGAAACAAAUGAGGAGUUGAUGCAGGCCAAAGCUUCUUUGAAAACUGCCUACAACAAGCUUCAAAGUGAAUCAGAUAACCAAGCUAUUGAAAUAGGAGAACUGAUGAAGGCAAAUCAACAAAUUAAGGAAGAAAAAAAUGAGCUUGAUGCAAUGAUGGAUGAAUUGAAAUUAGAAGUUUCCUGCUUAAAAAGGCAAAUGGCAGACAUGAUACGUUUGAGGAAAGAGAAUGAGUUGUUGCUGCAGAAAAUACAGGAGCUACAGGACAGUCUUGCAUCUAAGACUAUCACCAUCAACACCGGAUCGAUAGAGGGAAACACCAGUGGAAGUUGUGCAUGUAAAACAGUAGCCUAUAAUCCAAGAGCAAAAAGAAGAAAAAGCAAUUCCACGAAACGGUACCAGAGACUUCUCAACCGAUCCAUCAAGAAGAUGAGCAAUGUCUUUGAGCACUUCAGUAAAGAUGGGUGGGAGGAUGUAACUGGAACCAGUGACUCUGAAGAGACUGCUGUUGAGAGUUUGGGGGAAAUGAUAGUGAAGACUGCUCAGCAAAUGACUCCAACACCAGCACAAAAUAUGGCACGGUCACAAAGAAAGAAAAAUCAAAGAAAUCAAUUGCUUGGAACAAAGAAGACAGAAGCAAAAGUUGUUGUACCACAGUUUCAUUCUAAAGUAAGAAAACAGAAAUCCAGAACUUUGGUCCAGCCAAGUCAGAGUCUUUCCAUCAUUGCCUUACAACAGCGUCUAAUAUCAUUGCAGCAACAGAUUGUUGUCGUGCAGAAUGGCAAAAAGGUAGCCUUAAAUGCUGUCAAUGAACUGAAGCAGAACAAUCAAAAAUUAACGUCCCAAUUGACUUUGAUGAACCAGAAGCUUCAAGUCAACAAACAGACAAUUCAGAAGCUGACAUUUGACCUUGUGGAGUUGCAACAACAGAAAGAUGCACUGGACAAGAGAUUGACUCAAAUGGCAGAGCAGCAAGCCCUUGGUCCGAGGUCAGCAGAUGACCAUUCAUCCUUGGCAUCCAGCCAGACACUCAAUACUCCAACUACAAUGCAGAAGCCUAUGGAUGCUGAACUGAAACAGCUGCAGAGUAAAUUGAAGAAUUCAACAAAUGAGAUUGCAAAGCAUUUAACUACCAUAAAAACUCUCAAAGCUGACGAGCAGGAAAAGGAAGAUCAGAUUCGGCAACUGCAGGAAAGGGUUAUUCGUUUGGAACGAGAUAUCAAUAUGAAGCGACAACUUGUGGAAGAUCUGAAAUCAAAACUGAAAGCAAACCAGGAAAAUGAUAAAAUAUAUAAAGAAUUAUUGGAGGAAAAGGAAAAAAAGGUGAGAAAACUGACUGAAGAAAGUUCUACCAGGAAAGCAUUUGUAGAGUCCCUAAAGCAAAGACUUAAUGUUGCAACAAAAGAGAGGUCAGUUUAUGAGGAGAUGCACCGUAAAACCACUGGAGAAUUGGAUAGAAAGAAUCAAAAACUGCAUGAUCUCAAGACCAAAGUGAUUGAGGCAGAAUCUGCAAUGGCUGAACUGGAGACAACAGCAUCACAGCAGAUGCAUGGGCUGGCAAUGCAGAGUGAACAGGCUCUGGAAGCUGUUCAGAAGAAGUUGGCUCUUGCCAAUGGAAGAGUGGAAGAGUUUGUUUCAUUUGUUAAGGCCCUGGCCAGUGAGCUAUGCAGAGAAGUUCAAAGUAGGAGAGCCCACUUGAAACGAGCAAAGAUGAAACGAUUAUGCCAUGAAGGUCUUUCAAAGGAGUCCUUCAGCAAAGCCCAAUCUGUGGCAGCAUCUAUCCUUAAUAUUUCACAAAGCGACCUGGAAGACUUAUUGGAUCUUGAGGAUGACGAGGAAUCAGAAGAAACUAAAAAAGCUUUACAGAAAGAUCAGAAAUGGCUGACUCAAAUACAGAAGAUACUUGAAGGCCAGUUUCCCUGUGUCCCAGGUUUAAUGGAAGCAUUGCUGGAAAAGAUGGCAGAGAAAGAGAAACUAAAUGAAGAAUAUGCUUUGCUCCCAAAAGAAGACGGUUGACAGGUUUUUCCCUUUUUGUCGACAAAUGGCAAUGUAUUGUGGCUGAUGGGUUAUAACAGAAUACAGAGAUGGUGUGUUAAUAAAAUUGACACUGGCUUUGUUGUCUUCUACAGUGUCAGAUCCUGUGAUUAUACAAAAUAAAUAGAAAA